AUUAUUUGUAUAUAAAGUGUGUCAUUCAUUAUGGCAGGUAAUAUGUUUAUAACUAAAGUUAUGCUGGUUUUGGCUCUUAUCGUGUCUCAAGAGAUUGAAAGCUCGACAGAAGUAUCAUCCAUCAGUGACAGGCAGCAGCAAAACAAGAGGCGCCAUUGUCCAGCUGGAUAUAUGCAUUACGGAAAGUCAUGUUAUUUACUUACGCCAGAAGUUGUGAAAUGGACCGAAGCGUAUGUGUAUUGUCAAUCGUUUGGUAGUCACCUUGUUUACAUUGAGACAGCCUCGGAACAGAAACAUAUCGACAGUUUUCUGAAAUUUGUAAAACUACUUUCGGCUGGUCGGAUUCGCAAAUAUUGGACGGGAGGUAUCGACCGUGUUUCGAAAGGCAGAUGGUUCUGGGCACCGGAUGGGAAACCUGUCAAUUUUACAAACUGGGCCCCACGAAAGCCCGACUCGGGCGUACAAGAUUGCAUAGCUUUAUACGGCAACGGUCAAUGGGAUGAUGAUACUUGCGAGUCAGCUCGUAAUUUCAUCUGUGAGGUAGAACUGGACUAGACAAAACAAGAGACAGAAAUACAGAAAAGAAAGGCAGUCAACAAC